AGGACUAAAACUAUAGUUUAUACACAAAGAUAAGGUCAUUUUUGUCAUUUUUUCGUUGCUUUGGUAUAGUGUAAAAAGUUUCACCGGCGACGGACAAUCAGCCCCACCGCCACCAUACGACUGGAUUUAUCAACCCAUCUCCGAGCAGCAAAUAUGCAGCUUUGCAGAAGCAGGGUUUCAUUAUGUUCCAUUGCUUGCCGAGUUUGGUCCGACUCUCGAAAUUCAAACGGUGACACGUAUAAUUGAAAAGUUUGUUGCUUCAGUUGCUACUGAGUUCAUGGCAGACAUUGGGCACACGUUUGAUGAUGAUGGUCUCAAGCAACCUUAUUACAACAUGUUUUCUCUGAUGGGGACCGAGUUCUUUGAUUCUGUUGGUUGCAUUAUAAGCUUUGGUUGGUCGUUGGGAGCUCAACUUCUAAUAAAGGAAAAUAUUUCUACUUCUGAUUGAUUUUUGGUAUUUUUUUUUGGUUUCAUAUCCACAUUUUCCGAUACCAACAUUGGAGCUUGCCUAUUCCUGAUUCACGCUGUGUAGGGCUCCAUUCGGGGGGAAUCGCUCCCUACCAAGGAUUUUUUCAUACCGAGGGAUCGAAUCCAAGCCCUUUGAUUAAGAGAGGAACAACCCCAUCCACUACACCACAUCCUUUGCUUGAGUUUCUCCAUUUAGAUCUAACGAUCUUUCCAUCCGGUCCCCAUCGACAUUGACGCUCACCACUCCUCUCUUGUGGUCGCCACUAGCUAGGAAACCCGUAGUCGCUAUCCUUUGGGUGCGUACAAUAAAACCCCCGCUCCUAUGCAAUAGCUAGCAAACCACAUGAAGAGAGAACCGCACUAGGCAAGCUUGGUGCGACGAGCUCGACCCAGAAGGCAAAUCCCUUGCUUUCGCUGGCAAGGGGUUUCGAACUUGAGACCCAACAUGGAAGUCCCAAGCUCAAACCACUGGACCACCCCGAAGGGUACUAUAAUGGUCUGUUGACUAUAUCAGAUUGAGUAUCAACGUUUGAAUAUAGAUUUGUUGGUCAUCUCAAUAAAGUUGCAUUGCUAAGAUUAAAUCUUUGCCGCAGAGUCAUACCUUGCUUACCGAUGGAAGUUGAGACACAUAUGUCUUCCAAAACUGCUCAAAAAAUCAGCAUUUUGGUUGUGGAUGAUAAUGCUGCUUAUCUUCAGGUUGUUGCUGAGCUACUCAAGAAAUGCAACUACCAAGCUGUGGCUGUCAAAUAUCCAAUAGAUGCUUUGCCUAAACUUCAGAUCAAAGUCGACUCUUGUGAUCUCAUUGUCAUUGAUGUGCACAAGUCUGAUAUGAAUGGCUGUAAACUUCAAGAAAUGAUAGCCGAAGCAUUUGAAAUACCUGUUUUGUCAAUGUCAGCUGACCAAAAGGAAGGUGCAAUCUUGAAAGGACUGAAGGGUCUAUCAGUGGACGAUCAAAGAGAUAAAGGACUCUGCACAGUGUUGCAGGAGAAGAAAGGUAAAAGAGCUGUCCCUGGGAAAUCUGCAAUGAAACAGAGGAAAAGGGGCAAAGAUAACAGUGGCGAUCUUGUUCUACCAACGAAGCCUCAGAUUAUAUGGACAGAUUCACUUCACCACGCAUUCCUGGAAGCCAUUCACGACAUUGGGUUUAGCAAAGCUGUGCCAAAGAAGAUUCAUGAACACAUGAAUGUCCCUGGAUUAACUAGAGAAAAUGUCUCCAGUCAUUGGCAGAAAUAUCGUAAUUACUUGCACCGAGUUAUUGAUUCAAGCUCUAUUAACAAAGUUCCUGACAAAAACUUAGCCAGUAGAGCUAAUCAAUCGACCAUUGCGUCUGGAAUGCUUGUUAAACAUAGACAAGUUCAUCAAGAGAAUUUUGGAGUGCAGUCUAGUGUCCCCAGCUCAUUGAUUCACCCUUCAACAGGUUAUCUGACAGGCAAUCUGCAACAUCUUAAGAAUAAGGGGAAAGAAGUUGAUGUUGUGCUCGAUCCAGUUCGUAAUUUUUCUGUCUUUCACAAGGUUAGUGCUAUGCAAGGAUUACAAGGGAUUGGUGAUCUUAGUGCUUCUUCCAUGAAUCAAGGGAAUGAUCAACCUCAUCAGGACAUGGAGACAGAGGACAAUUUGCAAUGAUUCAAUCAAAUACCAUUCAAGGCUGUGCUGACUGUAGAUUGAUGGGGAGUUUCGCCAAACCUACUACUCAGCAGCCUAAGGGUGAUUUGUUUUGGAUAUGGUGUAUACUUUAAGUUUCCCGUAAACUCCACUUGUGGGAUUGCGCUUUGAUAUAUUGCUGUUUUUGUUAUUGGUGUGUUCUUCAAGUCCUUACGAAGAUGAACAAAGCACCUUUAGUUCAAUAUAGCAACAAAAACUAUUGGUACUAGAGACAAAUCAGUGUGUUGCUUGAUGUAUUUCUUUUUAUGGUACUUUCUGGAUUAUGAUAUGUUCUUACUUUUAAGAAAUUGAUUCAUUAAGUUUUAAUGAAUCAAUAUAUUACAUUUUGCUUAAAUUAGUAUGUCA